AUGGAGGCGGAGCGGGCGAACUUUGCCGGCGUGGAGGGCGGCGAGGUUAUCGCGCUCUCCUCCGAUAACGGGAUCGAAGGCGGCGAGGAUGGCGGCGCGGAGGGCGUCGAGGGAAGGUUCCACGCUUCCCUUACUUCCAAAUCUCCAGCAAUAAAUGUUGUUACACGGAGUAUGAUCCAUGGGCUUGUUGCUUGUGGUGGUGAGGAUGGUGCAGUUGAAUGCUUUGACAUGAGGAGGAAGUCUUCUGUUGGCACAAUUAAUACAACUUCUUCUUCUGAAGAUGUUGAUCAGGAGGUCACGUCUUUGCAGUUCGAUGAAAAUCAAGGGUACCUUCUGGCUGUUGGGAGCAGCAUAGGAAAUGAUGGUGGUUACUAUACACGGCAAUGGUUCUUGCUUGAUUGCUACUGCCGGCGUCGCGGCAUCCCUGUAGAUAGAGUGACCGGGACCGGCCCGAGGUGCGGACAAAUCGGCGAGCAGUGUCCUGACCUCGAGACAGAGAGAAAGAUGCCGGGUUGUUGGGACCUGGCCGAGCUGGAACACGACGCGGUUCCCGCCAUGCCCACUCCUGCCACGGCGGUGGCGGUGGCAGCGUCGACCGCGGCGGUGGUGUCGCCGCUGAGCAUGCUGAAGCGGCCGCGCCCGGGGGGGCGCGUGAUAGCGGGGCACUGUCCGUCGUGCCCGGUGGACGGCUGCAAGGCCGACCUGAGCAACUGCCGUGACUACUACCUGCGGCACAAGGUCUGCCAGGCGCACUCCAAGACGCCCCUCGCCGUCGUCGCCGGCCGCGAGAUGCGCUUCUGCCAGAAGUGCAGCAGGUUUCACUUACUUGCCGAGUUUGAUGAGGCUAAGCGUAGCUGUAGAAAGCAACUUGACGGGCACAACAGGCGCCGCAGGAAACCACGUGUGGAUAGCAUGGAUCCUUGGAGCUUUAUGACAACCCAACAAGAGACAAUGUUCUCGUCGUUCUCUGCUCCAAGGCCAGAGCCAAGCUGUUCUGGGAUCAUCAAUUCCGAGUAUAGCAAUCCGAACUACACCCAGCAGGUACUUAGCAACAGCAGGCAGAACUUCACCGGCUCGUCAUCGUCGUCGAACUCCAAGGAAGGCUGGUACUUCCCCUUCCUCGCCGAAAGAGACCAAAUGAGCUUCAGCGCAGGCGCGCCGGCUCUGGAGAUCCCCGUGCGCCAGCCUAUUCUGAAGGCCGUCACCUGGCCGCCGCCCCAGAGCAGCAGCAGCAACAACAAUAUGUUCUCCGAUGGACAGUUAACGCACGUGCCCAACUCCGAUUGUGCUCUCUCCCUUCUUGCCUCACCGGCGAACACCGUAUUCUGUCGGAUGUGUACUUUAUACCACGACUGA